GAGCUGCUGUGAUUCUGUUCACAUCGCACUGAUCUGUCAGGUUUCAGUCCACAAUGGCUGAAAAGGAGACCGAAAAAAACAACAAAGUAGUUAAGAAAGAAGAAAAUGCAGAGGGUGAAACUGGUGAAGAGGCUGCCACAGACAAUUUGGAAUUCCCUGAGCUGGGGCCUUUUGAAACAAUUACAGGGCAACGCAUGCCAUCUGCUUUCUUCAAAUUCCAGUUCAAAAACGUAGAAUAUUCUUCAGGACGGCACAAAACCUUUUUGUGCUAUUCAGUGGAGAAGCAGGGCACGGAAUGUGAGAGGUCAGAGGGAUAUGUGGAGGAUGAGCACGCGGGCACCCACGCAGAAAAUGCCUUCUUCACAGAUAUCUUCACGGAGUGUGAUGGGAGCCUGAGCUACUCCAUCAUUUGGUAUGUGUCCUCCAGUCCUUGCGCGGUGUGUGCUGCCAAAAUCGCUGAGUACCUGAGCAAUUCCCCCAACGUGGAGCUCACCAUCUUCAUGGCACGCUUGUUCAUGUGGGAAGAGGCCGAAAUUCAUCAGGGCCUACGGCAACUGAAAGCAGCUGGCUGCCGGUUGAGAAUCAUGAAGGCACCAGAGUAUAAUUACUGCUGGAACACCUACGUUGACAACGAAGGGGAGGCUUUUACACCUUGGGAGGACCUUCAAGACAGCAGCACGUUCUACGAAGAAAAACUACAUGAAAUUCUACAACAAGCCUAGAAGAAUAUGGGUGCUGUAUGCCAAUCACUUCAGUAGCCCAACAGGAUGCUGUGGGACAUCUAGGAAGAAGCAGAACUCAUUUAUUGUAUUUCAUUUGGACUGAACUGAAAGGAUUUUCUUUAACAUCUCUUACAAUGUAAGUUAAGAUUGUGACUCCAAUUUCAGUUCAUUGCAAGUAGUUCCUGUACCUUAGGACAGAAGGUUCGGAUAUGCUGAUGCACUAUUAAUUCAAUGUAGCUCUGCCUCACAAACUGUAAAAUUUAUGUUCAUGUAGGUUUAGAAUUUGAUAGUAAAAUAUUAUUUCACAUAGUGAACAUUAAUCAUGUAGCAGACAUUACAGCUGCCAAUAUAGGAUUAUAUUAA